AUGGCGCGCGCCGCCGGCGUGCUGACGGCCACGCUCUUCUCGCAGCUCUGCUCGGUGGGCGUCAUCUACAGGAAGGUCUAUGCCGGCCGCUUCGACCCGUCGGUCAUGGAAGGGGGCGCGCUGCGGGGCCUGCUGAGUGGUGGAAGUGUCAUCAUUUGUGGCAGCACCGGAGUCAUACCGGUUGUUGCUGGAUGUAGUGGUGGGCCCGUUUGA